GGCGCGGCGGCGGCUCCUGCGCACAACGAAGCGGCCGGGCAAGAUGGCGGACAAAGAGAAGAAAAAGAAGGAGAGCAUCUUGGACUUGUCUAAGUACAUCGACAAGACGAUCCGAGUGAAGUUCCAGGGAGGCCGAGAAGCCAGUGGAAUCCUGAAAGGGUUUGACCCGCUGCUCAACCUCGUGCUGGAUGGUACCAUCGAGUACAUGAGAGACCCUGAUGACCAGUACAAGCUCACGGAGGACACCCGGCAGCUGGGCCUGGUGGUGUGCAGGGGCACCUCCGUGGUGCUCAUCUGCCCGCAGGACGGCAUGGAGGCCAUCCCCAACCCCUUCAUCCAGCAGCAAGAUGCCUAGCGGCCGGGGCCGCCCCUCCCCCAGGACUCGGGCCACCCGUAGGAACGGAACUUUCCUUUUUGUAUAGCUUAUGUUUUUGUUUUCUUUAUAAAAUUGCAAACCUCAAGUGUCCAGGA